CACGUACAUCACACUCCCUUCUCUGCCAUUAUAUUUUUUUGUUUUAUUUCUUUUUCUCAAACUUCCUUAAAUUUUUCUUCCAAUUUAAUUUGUUAAGAGAGGGAUCUGGCCUUAUCUUAAUUGAAAUGUCUAAAGAGACGUAAAGGCCACUUCAGCACUCAACCUCCUCCAUCCAACCAACUAGGUACCCAACCAGUCAAGAUGGGCCUUUUUGAGAUGCUACCUGUUUCCAAGAUUGUGCAUAUUUCGGUGAUAUAUGCAGCAUCUUUUGCGAUCACGGAUGCUACGGAAGAUAGUUUCAUUCAGUCACGCCGACUUUUACUGACACGCUUCAUUUACCGCACUGGCUUGUUCCUUGUCACCAUAUCAGCCUGCAUCUGGCUUGCCAUAGUAAAUACCAAGGUCCCAGAGCCAUACUUGGACGAGGUUUUUCAUAUUCCUCAGGCAGACAAGUAUUUGCAAGGAAGAUGGUCAGAGUGGGAUGACAAGAUCACUACUCCUCCAGGCCUGUACCUUAUUAGCUAUGUCCUGGUGAAAGCUCGUACAUGGCUGUCCGCCACGGCUGGUGCAGUGAACCCAAGGUACCUACAAGAUGGGGUCACGGUUGCAAGCUUACUGCGCGAAUCCAACGUCUACGCAGUCGUUGCAAUUGCAGCACUGGCUCUCAAAUGUCGUAGAUUCAUUGAGACCCGACACGCCACAACCAUCGCCAAAGGGCCACACUUGGACUCCAUGUACAGCAUUCACACAGCCAUCAACAUAACCCUAUUUCCCGUCAUAUUCUUCUUCUCUGGACUGUACUACACAGAUCUAUGGUCCACUGUGACAGUUCUCUGGGCUUAUGAGAACCAUCUGAAGCGUGUUACUGAACAGACGACGUUUCGGAAUGAUAUGACCACGGUCAUGUUGGGCAUUGCAGCCCUGUUCAUGAGACAGACAAACGUUUUCUGGGUCGUUGUCUACUUUGGUGGCCUUGAGGCCGUACAUGCGGUCAAAAAGGGGGCUGUUUCUUCAUCAAGCAAGGCUGUCAACGCCGCUGAUAUCAGGGAGUUUGCACCUGCUUCGAAAGCAUAUUGGAAUCUCUACGCGGCCGGCAACAUACACGACCCUCCUUUGAGUGUAGCAAGUGCAUAUGAUGUCGUCUGGCUUGCACUCAGUGUGGCCAUUGCAGCUGUGCAUAAUCUUCCCGGAGUUCUGCUUCAGGUUUGGCCUCAUGUUUCCAUCCUAGGACUGUUUGCCGGAUUUGUAGCCUGGAAUUGCGGCGUUGUUCUCGGUGACAAGUCUAACCACGUUGCGACCCUGCACCUGGCCCAAAUGCUCUACAUAUGGCCCCUAAUUGCCUUCUUUUCAGCUCCACUGAUGUUGAGAUGUUUAUUCUCAACUGCCCGUCACCUGCAGAAGUUACUUCCAGGUCGCACUGCCCAACUCCAAAAAGAACGCAGUAUGAAGUCUUCGCAGAAGGACUGGGUCCUGACUUGCCUCGCCUUUAUUCGAAAGCAUACAAGCACUGGGUACCCAUUCCCGCUCUGGUAUGUUUCGGCUGCAGUGGCAACAGCCAUCGUUCACAAGAGCACCAUCAUUCACCCAUUCACGUUGGCGGACAAUCGCCAUUACAUGUUCUACGUGUUCCGCUACUCCAUUCUCAGGAGGCCCGAGGUCAGAUAUCUGCUUGUUCCUUUCUACGUGGUCUGCCAUCGCCUCUGCUGGCACUUGAUUGGCGGUACCUCGACCCAAGAUAGCAAACGGAGCCGCUUCAUACAGGCACCGGGCGUGGAAGCUGUAUCGUCGGUACCACCAAAAGAUGCCGCCAAGGUGAAAGAGGCGGAUAGGCCCGAGGACGGCGGUGAAUCGCUCUCCGCAGGGGUGAUGUGGCUUUUGGCCACGGCGCUAUCACUCAUCACCGCCCCGCUUGUCGAGCCGCGCUAUUUCAUCCUGCCGUGGGUCAUGUGGCGGAUCAUGGUACCGGCUUGGAGGGUGAAAGAGCCGCGGUCCGGAGAAAAGGGGCUCGCGAAUACGUUGCGCUCGUGGACCCAGGGGCUAGACCUGCGUCUCAUGUUGGAGACAUUGUGGUUCGUAGCCAUCAACCUCGGAACCAUGUACAUCUUCAUAUAUAGGCCGUAUCACUGGAAGGACGUGGACGGGAAACUGAUGGACGAAGGUCGGCUGCAGAGGUUCAUGUGGUAGCAUAGAAUCAGUCUUGAUGCGUCUCCCAGGACAGGUGCUAUGCAUUUUCAUAGCCUAUGUGCUAAUGUGCACAAGCCUUUCCAGUUUAUCUUCAUACUUUGUUGGUGUGCACAUAUCGAUACCCAGGAAAGAAAACAACCCGAACCCGUCCGGUACAUAAAUGAAUCCUGUAGGGAAAAUACCAUCCCAGCCCGCAACGCCAUUUCCUCGCCAUCUUUACCAUAUGCAGACGCCACUUAUUUACCCUUGGACCUGCGUCCAAAUCCCACAAGGUCAACCUGGUCCAUUUGCCGAGGAGUAGAAAACAAUGAAAAGAAAAAUUGCCUGGACAAUAUGCCUAGAACAGAAAACAAUGGAAUGGGGAAAUCAAAAAAGAAAAAAAAAAUAAGAAACCUCCUCUCCCAAAAACUUUUUGGUGCUGUGAGAUGAAAAUGUUACAAAGAACAGAAAAAGAAGGGGGAUAAAGAAAGAAGAGAGAAAAAAAAGGCACAAAAAAAAAACACACACAAUCAUAAACUCAGUCGAUCUAGACUCAAUCUAUCCCCGCUGCGCACCCGACGUAUAACGCCCAGCCUGAAGAAACGCUCCUCUCCCGUCGCCGUCCUGCCGCCGACGUACCACUUUUCCGCCCCGCGCACAUUCUGAAACCCCUCUGUGCUGCUAUCGCUGCCGCGCCUGCGUCCAGGGGCGGGGAUCGGGAUGCCGCUCGUCGCCGCCGCCGUCGUGGCGCGCGGAGACUGGACACCAGGACUGGGCUGCUGAUGGUGCUGCGACGCCGCAGUGGAGGAUUGUGUUUGUUGUUGAGAUGACGACGACGAGGUUGCCGAGGAUUGCUGCUGCUGCUGUUGUUGCGGCUGCGUGCUCCGGGCGACCGCCGCGGUUGAGUACGUCGACGUCGAUGAUUGCUUGCCUGGUUGUUGUGAUGACGUCGUAGCUAGCGGCUGGGUCUGUUGGCGGAACGCGGCGAAGACGCUCGUGAGGAAGAAGGGUCGUUGGGAUGGCAUCGUUUUAACGGCGUCCCCCUGGUUUUUUUUUUUUUUUUUUUUUUUUUUUGGUUGGUUUGUACUU